AUGGGGUCACAGUAUGUAAAUUUACUUUAUCACUCGGAUGAAAAACUAUUUCAGAGAAAAAUUGCCACAUUUCCCCUUUUAAGUGAAUUUCUUGAAGAUUCAACAAAAGUUACAUUAAAUGACUUAAAAUUACUGCUUCAAGAGUACUUGAACAAAUUACAGUUGGAACUCGAUCGAUAUAUACCAGAAAACGUAGAGCUCAGUAAAUACAGUUGGGUAAGAAAUCCUUUUGAAGUUUCUGUUCACGAAGUUGGUGAAGACAUUAACGGGUUCCAAGAAGAACUUCUUGAUCUUCAAGCCAGUAAAGUCUUAAAAGACAAUUUUUCAAGAAUGUGUUUGACGCAGUUUUGGGCACAACUAAAAGAUAAACCGAUUUUAUUAAGAGAAUCCGAAAAUGCAUUACUACCAUUCCCAACCACAUACUUAUGUGAACCCGGGUUUUCUACGUUAGUUGUCAUCAAAACAAAGUAUAGAAAUCGUCUUGAUGUNUUUCUACGUUAG